AUUUUUUUUAGGUUUAAAGGGUUUCUUAACUUUUCAUAGUCAUAAGCAUUUUUUUUUAUUUUUUCGUUCUCCUUCUUGCCGUACCACUAGCACCAAAUUUUGGAAAUUUUGAAAAAGCAGUAUUUUUCUUAUUAUUUCCUAAUUCUGAAUGACAAAUGGGGAUUUCGAUGAGCAAUACUUAAUCCCUGAAAGUGGAGCGGUAAUUCAGGAUUAUCUUGAUGACUUUCUGUAUACCUCAUGGUAUACGGGAAAACGAGACCUCAUUGAGUUGGAUAGCUAUGGAUUUCCUACAGAAGCCAACUUUAGAGUGAGCACUGAUCCAUUAGUUGGAACUACAGUCCGUCAGAGUAUUGAUUUUCAGGGAAUCCCUUGGGGAAAUGAAGCGAUUGGACCUAGGGAAUAUUUUCGUCUUUAUAGACUGCAUACGUACAGCUUGGCUUGUAAUCAUUCCGACUGGUCUCCGGACGAAUUGUCUAUAGACGAUGUUCGAAUUUCCCCGUAUGAUCCAUUUUUCGAGUUUCAUACCUUCUAUAAAACUCCAGUGUGCGUGAAAAAUCAUUUUCAUCUUUGCAAGAACCUUGCAUUCUUCGGGGAAUACAGUAUUCUUUAUGUUAGCAACUCUGGUAUCCAAGGACAGAAUUUAUUGACUAAAGAAGUGGCCGACGUGUUUGACUUUCGUAAUAGUAUCUUACAGAAAAAUUCUAUCUGCUGUUUAUCAACUUCUCAGCAACUAGGGUGCUUUAGUACUUUAUACGGACAGUAUGGUAUUUUUAAUCCAAAAACUCAAAGUUGCAGCAUUCGAAAGAUGCAUGACGAGUCCAUCAACCAUAUACAAUUGUUAGACUACAAAGGUUUGGCAGUUCUUGGAUGUAACGACGGAACAGUGGCUUUGGAAGAUAUAGAAAAGACUGGUAAUCAAGUAAUUUUCCGUGGCACAGAUGCUGUCAAUAGUAUACAUCCUUCUCCUGAUUUAUCUUUAUUAUUGAUUUGUUCAGAUUGCAAGCGUGUGCCAUUAUUCGAUUGGAGGUCAAACCAAGUGGUCGAUGAGAUUUUUCACUCUGAUUCUGUUCUUACUGGAUCAUGGCAUCCAAAUGGACAUAUUCUUGCAACAGGAGGACAGGACACUACCUUAAAGAUAUGGGAUUCAAGGUUUUUUAAAUAUCCAAUUCGCACGCUGGGAAGCCAAAUGAGUGCUGUUACUAACGUAGUAUUCUCUUCCACCGGCGACAGUCUUGCUGCAGUUGAACAAGCUGAUUUUGCGCAAAUCUAUAACACCAAGACGUUCAGUGAUUGCCAAGUUAUAGAUUUUUUCGGUGAAGUAUCCGGCGCAAACUUCUCUCCUUCCGGCGACACGUUCAUCGUUGGCUUAGAUGAUCCCAUGCUUGGUGGGAUCAUGGAGUUUCGAACAUCCAUUCCCAGUCAUCUAACCUGCUUUUUUUGAUAGGUUCUAAGUCUUUAUACUUACGAUUAGACUUUGAAUGAUUAAUAUUUUCUUGCUUUAAUUUCAUAUGUUGCAUACACAAUUGCUUUUUGUCUAAUGUCUUGAUUUUAAAUUCUAAAAGAAAACUGAACAUAACAUUAACAUUAAUCUAUCCCAACCCUAACUAUUCAGAAAGCCAUCUUAUACAUCAAUACACAUAAUUUAUACCCUAUUUUUCAUUCUGUUGGCGACAUUUUGGACAUUGUUCGUCAACCUCAU